GGAAGGGCGGGCCUCCUCCCUCGGACUACAAGGCCCAGCUCGGAAAGGACCGCCGGCCUAUGUGCGCCCGCUGAGAGCCGGCGCCGUUGCAUGCUGGGAGUUGGAGUCUGUCGAAGCUGAGGGCGAGAAGGAGCGGGCGCCGCUGCCAUGGCGGCCCGGGUGGACUUCGGCGACCGCGAACUCUUCCAGCAGCUUGACGCCGAGGCCGACGAGGCCGCGCUGGACACCCGCUUCGGGGAGAGCGACGGGGAGGACUGCGAAGAGCUCCGGCAGAGGCUGAGCGAGAGUCAGGAGGCGGUGCGGGCCCUGCAGGCCGAGAAUCGUGAACUUAGAAGAAAAUUGAACAUACUGACUCGGCCAAGUGGACUUACAAUAGAUGAUGCUAAAGUUGAUGGGCCUUUGCUGCAGAUUUUAUCCAUGAACAAUAAUGUAUCCAAGCAAUAUCAUCAAGAAAUAGAGGAUUUUAUAGUGAGUUUGGUUCAGAGAUAUGAGGAGCAACAGAGGGCUGAACCUGACAAGACCUACUUCAGUCUUAAGCCACAGCCUUCUAGUUUUGUGUUGGAAGAAGACCCUAAAGUGACAAGCGCAAAUAUGUCCAAAAAAAUCAAGGAAGCAUUUAGCGUUAUAGGAAGUGUUCUCUAUUUUACCAAUUUUUGUCUUGAUAAACUGGGGCAACCUAUAUUAAAUGAGAAUCCUCAGCUGACAGACGGAUGGGAAAUACCCAAAUACCAGCAAGUUUUCACGCAGAUCCUUUCACUAGAUGGACAAGAGAUACAAGUAAAGCCUAAAAGCAGGCCCAAACCUCACUGCUUCAAUUGUGGCUUGGAGGACCACCAAAUGAAAGAUUGUCCACAGCCACGAAAUGCUGCCCGUAUCAGUGAAAAAAGAAAACAGUUUAUGGAUGCUUGUGGGGAAGCAAAUAACCAAAACUUCCAGCAGCGGUACCACGCAGAUGAAAUCGAUGAAAGAUUUGGAAGGUUCAAGCCUGGCAUAAUUAGUGAGGAACUUCAAGAUGCCCUCGGUGUCACCGAGAAGAGUCUUCCCCCUUUCAUCUAUCGCAUGCGGCAGCUGGGUUAUCCCCCAGGUUGGCUGAAAGAGGCAGAAAUGGAAAAGUCUGGACUGACAUUAUAUGAUGGAAAAGCAUCGCCUGGGGAUGAAGCCGAGGAGGAAGAUGAUUACAAUCUAAGUCGACGUGUCACAUACGACAUCUCCAAGCUGAUAAAUUAUCCUGGUUUUAAUAUGUCCACUCCAAAUGGAGUAUCAGAUGAAUGGAGGUUGUUUGGUUCCGUGCCCCUUCAGCCGUCUCAGCAAAAGGACAUCUUUGCUCACUAUCUUUCGACAUACCGCUCGGCUGGCUCAAAGUCCAACAGUAAAAGACUUUCGUCUCACCAGAGCUCCCAUCGUUCAAAAAGACAGAAAGGAAACAAUGCCGAAGUAUCAUCAGCGGACAUGGAAAUGGAUUCAGACUUUGAAAUGGUGCAGAAUUCUCCCAAUUACGAUGGCUUCCAGUUCCAACCUCCCUUACCUCCAGGGUCUCCGUUGAAUGCCAUUCCUCCGCCCCUGCCACGAGGUACCCCUCCAGCCACGCCGCCCAACUUUACGCCUCCUCGUCCUCCAAUGUCAGUAUCUUCAGUGCUUCCCCGCAAUGCUUCUGCUUUAGCGACUUCCAACAAUUCUCCUGCCGUGCGAGCAGAGGGCUCUGCCAUGGAUGAAGACACUCUGACACUGGAGGAGCUGGAGGAGCAGCAGCGCCUCAUUUGGGCUGCCUUGGAGCAGGCCGAUGGGACCAACAGCGACUCCGAUCUCCCGGGAGGGACACCUUUAACGGGCAACUCGGUGUCAUCGUCCCCGUCGAGGGCUGAGCCUGAGGUUCUUUUGGAAGAAGUAACACACAAGAAUGUGGAAGUGUUGGAGCCAGAGCUCUCGGACGACAUGGAGCUGAAACCCAAAGUAGAAGAAUCUGAGAAUAAAGCAACGGUUAUUGAGAAGUUGAUUGAUUUAACAGAAGAGCAUGGCGAUAACAAGCCAAUCUCAGCUGAGGAACUGGUUGAUUUAACCAAAGAGGAAGAGCUUGAUGGCGUAGAUUCUGAAAAGAUGGCUGAAAACUGCCUCUCCACUUCCGUGAAUGAAGUAAACCAUGAGAAGGGCGGCGGUGAUAAUCCUGUUGCUCACGGUGCUGACAUGGCCCUGAAAAUCACCAGCCCCAUCCCGGAUAUGAGCAAGUUUGCGGCAGGGAUAACACCUUUUGAAUUUGAGAACAUGGCAGAGUCCACUGGGAUUUAUCUCCGAAUAAGAAGUGUGCUAAAGAAUUCCCCAAGGAACCAGCAAAAGAACAAGAAGUCUUCCCUUUAAUCACGGGUUUACCCAAAAGAAGCCCAGCUCUCCAUUGUCUUGGGACACUGUUUUGUAGAUGCUUAUAUUUUAAGAAAACACAACACUGUUAAGGGCAGACAAGUCAAAAGCUGUUGCUUUGUUCUUCCUCAAACUGCGUGGUUUUAUUUUUCAAAGUCCGACGUACAGGGCUUCCAUUUUGACCUUCGAGUAACUGACAACAUCAGGACAAACAUUUCCACAAAUAUAAGAAAUAGCAACUUACCGCAUUUUCUUCCGUCUUCUGAAAUGGUUCUCUCAUUCGCAGUUGAUCUUCCUGGCUGUGUUUUGAUUUUGUGAAUUUGCAGCGGCGGAAAACGGAAUCCGUUGCUCUGUGAACGCAAAACCCUGUGCUUUCCAUCUUGAUCGGUUCUUCCCUUAGAUAAGUUUGCCAUUGGUGGUUUUUAAAAGGCUAUUAACUUUUUAAUGUUUUCCCUUCCUUCUGGAAAAAAAAGAGAAAAUUCCAAUGGGAAUCAUCAGGGAUUAUUUAGCAUUUGUGGGUCCCCUUUUGAAGGGUUUUAUAAGUAAUUUAUGUGGGUCCAUCUUUUUAGUGCCACUUCUUUUUUUUUUCUUGGUAAUGCUGUCAGAUGUCCAUUUGAACUUCCUGUACAGACGUCUUCAUGCUUGUGUACAGUAGUUUAAUAAACAUGAUUUUUGGGGAAACUUUCUUGCCUAUGUAAGCUUUGGCGUCAGCACUAGAAACCCUGCUGUUAGAAAAUCAAGUUUGGGAAGCCUUUUGUAGUUAAAUAUUAUACUGUGUUGUGGGAUUUUUUUCCCUUCCUGUUUUUUUAGUGAGUGUUAAAGGAAAAUUUAAUGUAGCUGUGGCUUUUCUUGUAUGGCGGGGUUGGACUAGAUGGCCCAUGUGGUCUCUUCUUACUCUAUGAUUCUAUGACCAGGAAAGUUUCCAGCAUUGUCAUUAGAAGACAUAUGCCUGUAAAUAACGCAAACCAAUGAUACACCAUCAUCUUCUGCAUAUGUAAGGCAAGAAAGGGUAACUCAGUGCAUUUAUAUACUCUAUUUCUUUUAACAAUAGAAAUCAAAUGGCAUAUUUAUCUCUUAUCAAUUCACCAGACUUCCAGUCUUCUGCUUUCCACAAGGUAUCUGCAUUAUUUUCUUCUAGCAAAUGUCUCUCAGAGUUGGCUUCCAAUUUUCAUGAUCUUCCCUCUACCCGUUAUUCUGUUUCUCAUACAAAUGGGACAUCUGGAUGACACCUGGAUGUGGUCCAUGUUUUGAAAAAUACUUUCACUGGUUGUUUCCAUAUAUAGAUCUUAAAGUGGGAAAACUCAACAUUAUUAGGACAUUCCACUCAGUUAUAUGAAUUUGUAAGGCUGUAAUGUGUAGAGCUCUUAAAGGUCACUAGUCUUAGAUAUAGUGCAUUAGAUGUUGGGGACAUUGGAUGAGCAUUUUAAGUUGAAAAAAAGUGUUAGAACUAUCGGAGAAAACUAGUGUCAGGACAGAUUAUCAUUCAUGUGUCUUUGAAACAAUCCUUCCCAGUGACACUCAACUAACACACAAAGCAAUUAAUUUGCUUUUUAAUUGCUAUAACAAGUGCCGAGUGUACAUUGCUUGAAAAUUAGUUCAAAUUCUUCUGUUGAUAUCUUUGAACCCUCUCAUGAUUUAAUAGGACAAUAAAUAAGAACAUAACAUGCUUCUUUGAUAAUCUAGCAAUGUUAGGAAUGAGGGAGCCUUGACUUGCCAGAUGUUUGGAGAAGGCCCAACCAGUGUGGUUGAAAAAAAGUGUACAAGUAGUGGUUCAGAACAUCUGAAGGGCCAAAGGUCUAGAGAUCUUUGAUGCGAACAGUGUGGUGUUUUGUUUCCAGCAAACAACUUUUUCGUUAUACAGGGAAUAAUGGGAAAGACCAGUAUAUUCUUACUCUGGAAUAUCUUGUGGGGAAACUGUUGUACCGGCAGCUCUCUUAGCAGAAUAAGAAUGUUUGGAAAUUCCUUGUCUUCCUCUUCGGGUGGGUUGCAUUCAAUCUAUAUGCCCAUAUUUGAGGUUCAGCAGUGGGGCUGAACCACGCAAGCCUACAGGAUUGUGUGGCUUAUUAGAGAAAGGGUGGAGCAGAUAAACAUUGUUGAAACGUGUCCACGCUCUUGAUUGUUUUGGACGUCAUCUGUGGAGAGCACAUGCCGUACUGCCUCAACUGGGCUUGGUCUGGGUUCCUAAAAUUUGGCCUAAAUAGGAACUGCCAGGGCUCGGGAAAUUGGAUUGCAACAAAAAGGAAGUUGCCCUCCUUCUGCUGUGGGUUGCCGAUACUGAGAUGUGGGGCGUAUUUUUUAUUUUAAUGUUGCAUAGCUGCUGUUCUGUCAUAGUGAUGCUGAAGGCAUCAAAGUCAACCUUGGAAACAAAGCAAAACUGUCAUGAUUAGAGUGUCAUACCUCUUGUCUUAUUUUGUGUGUCUUUGUGAGUAAGAGAGAGACUGGUGGCAGAUAUGGUCGGAAAAUCUUAACCUGUUUAACUUUCCCAUUUGCUGCUGUAUUCUUUCAGGUUGGUUGCAACUUAGAGAUGCCUUAAGUCAAAAGCAACCUGAAAGAAUACAACAGCAAAUGGGCUUUUCUUGUUUAGAAAGCCUCCUUUUGAGAGAGUGUGACUUGCUCGGUGUCCCCCUGUGAGUUUCCAUUCCCAACUCUGUUCUCCAGAGCACUGGCUCUUUUAAAUCUCCUUUACAGCAGUAUUAAAGGUACAACAUGGCCUGAUUUCCCUUUUUGCCUCUUUCACCAGCAUCUACUUUCCUAGGAGAUUCUCUUUUCUUUUGAAUGUUCAUUAAUGUAAUCCAGAUUUACAGGAAAUACUGCUUUCGCUUGAAAAUUAAUUAAGAUGUAAACUCUCAACUGAUUGUGUUGGUUUUUUGUCCCAGUCUCCAGCUACACUUGAUCUCUUUCAGACAGAUUUCCCAUUCCUGACUUCCUGACAUUUUUAGCAUGAUUUUUGCAGGUUAUUUCAUUAUUGAUAGAAAACCGCUGAAAUGUCGAUGGAAGUCAUGUGUGUCGCUCAAUGAGAUGUGUGUUAGUAAACCCUGUGUUUCUUCCAGGUCUACGCUGUUAUAUCUUCCAAAAGUCAGAUUUGGGUUUCAUGAGGUUAACCUUUUGCUGCCAAUAUCCAGAUGUGAGUACAGUUGUUGCCUCUUGAUUUGGCAUACUUUCCCAAUAUGCUUCCCUGAUAUAUUUCACAAUUGUUCGGUUUCAGAUCUUUUUAAGAGUCUUGAUUUUAAAACACACUCUGUGGCAAUUACCGCGGGAGUCUUUUUUUCAUUGCCAGCUUCAUUAAAAUUAUGAUUUUCUUAUCCUGGA